GAUUCUAUGAAAUAUCCACAUGAUAUGUCCCAUGUUUAUGGUCUUGAUAUUGUUGACUGCUUGAGCCAGGAAAUUUUUGACAAAAAUCAAGAUGAUAUUCUUAACAGUGAUUUCUGCAGAGAUACUGAUCAGGUACAAAUUGAGAGCCAGACAGAGCCAAAACUGAAAGAAACUGUUUGUAGCAUCCAGCAGAUAGUUUACAGUCAAGCACAGAACGAGGGAAACUCCCUCCAGAAGGAUGCACAGAAGAGCCUUGCGCCAUCUGAAACACCUUCAUGCGCAACUCUUCAGCUCCCAAUGCAAAGCUCACCCGCGAAUCCUCGUCUGCAGUCCAGUUUUGCGCACAAGGAGCCCCCUAAGGCCAGUCCUGCACAAGGAAAGCUACGAUCUAGGUGGAUUGGACCAUUUAUAGUGGAACAUGUCUACCCCCAUGGAGCUGUAGACAUCAAAAGCAUAGAAACUGGAAAAAUCUUCAAAGUAAAUGGGCAUCGAUUGAAACCAUAUUAUGAAGGAUUCUCAGUUCAAGUAGUGGAAGAAAUUCCACUCUCUCGGUCUGAAUAGUGAUCAUGCCAUGCACACCACACCCCAGG